UCCAGUCUCUUACCAGUGUCUUUGUCUCACACUCUUUUGUUAGCCAUGCCUAGCUUGCUGGUUCUAGCAGGGAUAAUGGAGAAAAAUGGGGGCUACGGCGGGGAUUUAGCCGGCUCCGGCUUCGGCAGCGAAGGUCUCCUGGUGCCAACCGAGGAAGAGGAGGACGAUUCCCGAGCCCUUAGAGUUGCGCUGGGCCAACUGUCGCUGCUGGGUCUUGGAGAGGGCGAGGACCGGGCUCCUGCGGGUGGAGGUGGUGGUGGAGGAGUUCAAGACAGGAGUAACGAUAACCACCACAAUCACAUCCAAGCAGAUCCAGGGAUGUUACAAGGGAAGAACAAGUUGUGCGCCCUGUACGAGAGCUCGCCCACCGAAACCAAAGGACGGGGCUGCAACAUAACGGAGUGCGUCCCCGUGCCAAGCUCCGAACAUGUGGCCGAAAUAGUGGGGAGGCAAGGUUGCAAAAUCAAAGCUUUGCGUGCAAAGACAAACACCUACAUCAAGACACCCGUCCGAGGCGAAGAACCAGUCUUCCUCAUCACCGGCCGCAAAGAGGACGUGGCCCUGGCCAGGCGUGAAAUCAUCUCAGCUGCGGAGCACUUCUCCAUGCUGCGGGCCUCCAGGAACAAGCUGGGUGUCUCUUUCAGCGGCUCGCCUCCUGCACCGUUACCUGGCCAGACAACCAUACAGGUGCGUGUUCCCUACCGCGUCGUGGGUUUGGUGGUCGGACCGAAAGGCUCAACUAUAAAACGCAUCCAGCAGCAAACGUGCACUUACAUCGUGACUCCGAGCCGUGACCGUGACCCCGUCUUUGAGAUCACUGGCUCCCCCGGGAACGCUGAACGGGCAAAGGAAGAAAUCGAGGCACACAUCGCCUUCCGCACAGGUGGCCUGCAUGACCACAACAAUGAGAACGACUGCUUGGGACCUGACAGCGGCAACGGGGGUCUGGAGAGCCGUCUGCAGCAGGUGUGGGGGCUACAGGGGGCCCCGCGCAAGCCGCUUGCCAGCAGCUACCGCCAGAAUUUCUCAGACGUCAUGGUUGGAAGUAGUGGAGGAGGAGGAGGUGGGAUUUACAGUAAAGGUGACUUUACCAACCAUGGCAAUGGGGACAAGCCAAGCUCCUACUUCGGAUCUGAGGGCACUCAAAGCUGGGGCGAUCCCGACUAUCCCAAACAGGUGGCUUACUACACCCAGCAGCGCUCCAAAAGCUUUGGAGGCCUGCCUCUUCCUCUGACCAGACUGUCGCCGGGACUGCCUGAACCGUGUGGCACCGGAAACUCAAACGCCGUGGUGUCUCCUCAUGCUCAGGCGCGUCGUGCCCACAGCGAGCCCACCACCGUCACCGCCGCGUUCACCGGACGUCUCCCCGUGCCGGAUUCACCACCUGCCAUUGCUCGAGAGUGCAUGACCUGUUUUGAGAGCAAAGUGACCGCCGCUCUGGUCCCUUGUGGUCAUAACCUCUUCUGCAUGGAGUGCGCCAUCCGAAUUUGUGAGCUAAACCAUCCGGAGUGUCCUGUCUGCCACACCCUGGUCACACAGGCCAUCCGGAUAUUCUCCUAAAAAGUUGACUUUUUUUUCUUUUGCUUUUUUGGGGGGGCUCGUUUUUACUCUGUAGAAUCAGUUCACUUUUUACCUUUUUACUUUUCUUCUUUUUGGUCAGUAUUCAUUUUUUGUUUUGUUUUGGUUUUUUUUCAGAAAACACAAAACCAAAACAAGCAGAUAUUUUAGAACACACUGCUUGGUUUACUAAAAAAAAAAGGAAGAAGUAUUUUCAGAUUUUUCUUUUAUAUGUACACAUAUAUACAUAUAUAUUUUAUAAAAGUUUUUUUAAAAAUGGAAAGAACGUAGUUCUUAGCAUGUUGGUUUGUUUUGCUUUAUUUUAUUUAAUUUUUUACUGGUGCUGUUUUUUUCUCCACAUGCUGUGUGUGGACAGUAACAGAAGAAAUAAUGUGAACAUUUUACACUUUUCCUUUGCUGGGGAGGUAUAUUAUUCUAUAACAAAAGUUUAUUUCCUAAGAUUGGAGUAUAGUUUUACAUCCCAGCAUCUUCUGGAAAUGAGCGAAUAUUCUUUUUUUUUAAGGCAAACUAGAAUCUUAAAUCUUUGCACCUUAAAACUGAUGUAAAGUGAUUGUCGAAUAGAAAAUUACAUUUCUACAUGUCUAUCUGAAAUAGAUGGUAUAGAAAUACGGACUGAUGUAUGACCUGAAGGCUUUAAAUUCGGAUCAUGUUCUAAAUGACAAUUACCGAUGUAGUAUCUGCUUUGCAAAUCAAUAUUCGAACGGGUAAUUGACGUGUAAAACAGGGAGUUUCUUUUUUUUGUUUGGUUUUUGCACCAGUGAGCCUAUUAUGUGAUUCAUCUAAAACGGAAAAAACUAUUUGAGCAAACUGAUUGGUCAGCUCAAAAAACCUUGGAACGCAUCCAGUGUUCUGUUUAAGAGGAUUUCCCGGGUUUUUUCAGUAACGUUUUUAAUUCUCUUUUUUGCACUCAGUAUGUUAUGAUUUUUUAUUUUCCACAUUAUUUAGUAAAACGCUGAGCAUAAGGCAUAAGAUGAAGUACAAAAAAAAAAAAAAACAGCAGAGGGGGCGAUUGAGGGGAGGGGGUCUGUAAUCUGAUCCUGAAUAGACCAAACAGACAAAAGCAAGCAAGACUCCGAUGUACUAUGUAAAUCACUUGUUCCCGAGGUGCUGCAUCUGAGUUGCAAAGCGUCCUCUGACUGUCCGUCUGUACUGAGGCAGGUGUUGCAUAUCGUACUUUAGAUUACAUUUUUUAUUUUCUGAGGGCUGGGCUUGUCGGGGGGACUGUGCUUUAAUUCUACGACCCACUCAUUUGCUGUAAUGCCUCCAGAGCUCCUCCCUGUGAGUAUAUAGUUUUGUCGCAGUGGUGGUACAAUCCCCGGAGCGCCCCGACAUGGCCUGCCCUAGGAGGAGCUGAUAAUUAGCCAUACAUCAGAGUCCAGGUGCAAAGCAACUGCUGUAGGAAGGAGGGGUGGCAUACAGUGGUGUGAAUGAGGAUGGAGACACCGCGCAGGGGGCUAAACUAGGUGCAGCUGGGGCCCCUCCUGUUGAUCGCUUGCCCGCUCCCGUUCUGCUAUUCCCAUUGGGGAGAAAUGGGGCCUCUUUUGUCCUGCCGUAGGGUGAAAAAAAAAAAUCCAAGAGCAGAUUUUAUUUCAAAGAGAAAAGCUGGCCAUUCUGGGUAGAGAGUGUGACUAGAUAGACCCAAAGCAUUUUUCUUCUGAGAUUUCUCAUUUAAUGUGCACAAGAGGCAGGCUGUCGAAGUUUCCAUGGAGUCUUCCUUCAUGAGCGGGACAUCCUGCCGUGACCCCCUUGAGACAGGCCUGCCAGCGCACGGUCACGAGCAGCCAAUCAGAGAACAACCUUGAACUCCACAAUGAAAUCAGACAAUUGUAAUUGACAAGAAAACGGGGGGGGAAACGCCCAAUUCGGUGGCCGCUCAUUCUGAAUCAAAUUACACACCCAUUGCCUGUCUCAUUGCAGGCUGGGGGAUUUCGGGAUAGGGAAUUGAAGUGUUCGGAGUUUGGGAAACCGUUUUUUUCCCCCCUUUCGCUAGAAGGCCACUACAAAAGAAUGGAGCCACUGAAAAUGCACUCAGUUUGAAAUGGGUCAGUUUUUCCCCCAUCGAGCCUCUCUGCGCCAUUGCCACGUGCGCGGUGUUAGAAGAUAUGCUAGGGUAAGCUUGUGAUUGUAUUUAACUUACUAUAACGAUUUACCUUUGAGCCAUUAGCAUCUUCAAUAUUAGUUCUUAAAAACUUUUGACUGUUACAGUAAAUAUACUUAGUCGUUUCUGAAUUCGUGUAUUAUAGCUGCAGUAGCGCCUUGUUUUGCUUUUGUUUCUAUAAGCAUUAUUGUAAUAAGGUAUUUUGUUUAACUGAAAUAUAUGUCCCUUUAAGUAACUCAGAUUUGAGAUAGAAAAUAAAAACUGAAAAGGCUUAACAAAUUAAAACUAUUUAAAGCACCUUAAGUAAGCAAACAGCAUUUGCAAACGUAAUGCAUGUGCAUUUAUCAACAGCGAACUCAAAUGGCAAAUAUUCCUGUUAUUAUUGCACUUGGGUUAUAUUUUGGGUUAGUAUUUGCACGGAUAGCGUAUUUUGACACUUAACGGUUUUUCUAAACAUUGCAGUCUUUAGAAAUAGCAUCUUAAUUUGCUUUAAAAUGAAGUGACAAUGCGAUGGUAUUUUCUAGUUCUUCAAAUCCCCAGCACUGAUCAGGGACAGACGCCUGUCCAUUAAAGGGAUGUAUGUUUGUGCGUUUCGGUCAUUUCUAUAAAAAACCAAAACCAUUUUUAAAAUAGGAUCAAUUAUGCAAACUUUAAUAGCUCGGAUUUUAGAAUCUGAUUCAGAACAACAGUGGUCUGUCUAGAUGCCAUAUUUUGUUCUCCUGCCUCCUUUAAGGUCACUAGGUCAGCGUAUGCAGGAAACAGCAAUAACUAGUUAAUUCUUAUCAAAAAAUGCACUGUCAGAAAAAUGCUUCUAAAUGGUUGAUAACCCUAAGAAUUGUUUAAAGCCAUGCACAUCGUAUUUUUCCAAUUAAAGCCCUUUGUGAGAAAACAAAAACAGUAAUGACUUUCCCAAUUAGAAAAUGCAGCACUUCAAAAGUUUAGUUUCUUAACCAAACGCCGCAACUUCGAAUAGAGUGAUGAUAUACUACAAAGAAUGUAGGCUGGAUCAGUGGAGAAGGUGCUGUUCGAGUAUUCAGCGCGAGAUAUUAUUCAAUGUAGACUUUGUUAAAGACUUUAUACAGCCAAUCACAGCAAAACCUUUUUUGAGUAUUAUUUAUUUGAUAGGAAUAAGACUAUUUAUUGACAUGUAGGGAGAUAUAUAAUAGAGACCGACUAUGAUAGGCAUAUCAUUAAAUAUAUUUCACUAUAUAAGCAAUUCUGAAAACAUUGUAAUAGUCUCUAAUAGCCUACUUGCUAGUUUGUAAUAUUGUGUAAGGUGUCAUCCCAAUAGAUAUUAAAUAAAGUGUGAUGUUAUUGAUGCCCCAAAAUCUGAAAGCCCUUCAGAAAGUACAUAACCAAAAAUUAGGGUUAUCACAAUCAAUAGGUGAAAGAAUCCGUAUAGUUAAGUUUGUACAGCAUUUGCUUUGACUAUACUGAUGCGUACGGUUAUGAUUAUACAAAAAAUAUCUACACACCCUAUUGACAGGAUUUACUGCAUGUAAAGCAGCUCAUAAGAAAUACAGAUAUAUUUACAAAUGCAUAUCAGAAUGGUCUAAUCACCAUUCAAAUCAUUUCAGAUGGAAAGUUCCUUUAUAAUUUCAGAAUGACAAGGGUACUAUUAUUAUGCCUAAUCCAAAAUAAUAACUGCCCGUGCUAAAAGCCAUUCUGAUUGAGAAGGGGGAGUGGUCACAACCUACGACUCCAGAUUAACAAUGAAAAGUGGUCCGGUUUGGAGUCUGACAGGUUUAACAAGAAUGUGUUGUCUAACGUAAAGCUUAAUAUUAAGAACCACUGUGAAUCGUUUCCGUUUCUGCUUCUUUUUUCCAGUAAUUAUUAUGUGGUGUUGUUAAAUAGUUGCGGUUCAACAGCUUCUCUUGCUUCUUUUUGGUUGUGCAUGCUGGGAAAUUAUUUUACAGAGCAUUAUUAACCUUUGAACAGCCUGUGUAGAUAAAAUAUAACAGAGCCACUUGUACUACAGAGAUUUAUAGUGAGGACUACAGCUGGUGUUUAAUGUAAUGCUGUACAAUGACACUAGUUUAUUUUUCCAAACAUAUUUCUCUUACCCAAUAUAAAGUAUGUAAUGCACAAAUACCAGAUAAAUGCUCAUAUGUUUACACACCCCAAGCAGAGUCUGUUUAGAAGGUGCUUAGCAUUUAAAAAAAAAAAAGAAAGUAUUUUUAUUUUUAGUACUGCCCUGAGGAUGCCAUAUAUGAAAUAAUUUACACAAAUCAUUUAUUCCGUUCAGAAGUUUGCAUACCUUAAUUCGUAACGCUGCGAUUUCUCCUCAAGUGUCAAUGAUUGUUUGCAGCCUUUUGUGAAAACUCGAUUGUCCCGAGUCUCAAAGAGAUCAACAUCGUAUAGCAACCGUGGGGAAGAACUCAAAUGUGCAAAGAGCAUGCUGGGAAACCAAAGAACUUAAAGGAUGUUUGUCAAGAACAGUGGGCUGCUUCAGCUCAGAUGACAAACUAGAGACUCAAAACGAUCACAUAAGAUAAAAACGGUCAUUGACACUCGAGGAAGAAACAUGAAUUUAAACAAGGCAUGUGAACAAUUUUAUCUUGUGGAAUAUUAAGGCGAGACACUCCAGGUGAAUAGGGUAAAAAUUUUACUAAUAGAUUUAAUAGAUUUAUAUAUUAAAGUUUUUUUUUAAUGUUUUAAAUAUGCAAAUGACCCAUUAUCAUAUUAAAUAUACACAAAUUUGCAUACAUUUUCAGAACAUAAAUCUAAACACUGGAUAGAGCCAGAUUAAAAAUUCUUAUUUUAUAUUACAGUUAAUAGACUUUACCAAGGGGUGUGUUUUUUUUUUUUGAGGAUUCAUUUUCAUCAUGUUUUUAGGAAAAAGCGUUAAUGAUAUAUCAGCAAACCCAGCUGUAAAACAGCUCAGAAUAUACAUAGGAAUAAAACCGUGACGUACAGGAGAAAACAGCCUAGGAAGAUAUUAUAAUUGAAAUCUACAGAUGCAAAUAGAUAAAGUGCAAUACAAUAAAUACUCAAAUGUGUAAUUUGCACGUUUUCGUCCCUUUAGUCUGAAACUAUGUAUUACAUUUGGCCUAAACUCUCAAAAAAUUGACCAGUGCAUGGAAAAAGCAGUUUUUUCAUCUGAAGUGUCUCGCCUCAUUUAAAUAAAAACUGCGAGGGAUGUACUAAAAAUAAAAUAAAACACGAUUUAAAACUUCAUUGAGGGGUUUGCAAACUUUUGAGCUGAACUGUACCCUGCAUUCCCAUAACGGAUAUAUUUGCAUUUUUAGUCUUGUUGAUAUUUGAGUUUUUAUGCGCCCGCUUAGGCGAACAGUAAGAUAGCAAAGCUGCACGUAUUUAUCUAUAACCGCUGAAGCGUCCAUUCCAUAGAAUCACCAGAGAACAUAUACGUGAUGCACUUAAGCAAUUAUAAUGCCUUUCAGUAUAGUACAAAGGGCAAAUAAUGUAUUUGAAUGUAAAAAUGGCCACCCAAACAAUGUCUAAUUUUGCCUUUUGUUUCUUUAUCAAAAGUGAGCUUUAAGUUGAAAAUCAUGGCUAGAGAAAUACCACCAUAUCUGUCUAGGUUCUUCCUCACAGCAUUUAUACAAAGCAACUUAAAAGGGAACUUAAAAUGUCUUAUAGCUGUUUUGUAAGAUUCUAUUUUGCUAACAUGCAUUAUUAUUUCAUAGAGGAAGAGGUCAGUAUCUGGAUGUUAUUUAUGAAUAUCUUUAAUGAAGCAAACAUAUUUAUAAGUAACUUCAAGAUGUUUUGUUUUUUAAUUAAAUUAAAAAGUUAAUAUAUUUCUAAAACGCAUGAAGUUGAUUUCUACUAAAAUUAUUAAAACUAUAGAAUUUUUUUAUUUAUGAAAGUUAGAAAAAUCCACACUUCUGACAGCAUAAAAAACGAGUGGGGUGGGGUUUCAAAGGCUUAUAUUUUAAAACGUCAGAUACGUAACGUGUGCAUUAACAAUGGGAUAACGGCAGAAAUAUUUUAUAGCAUUUGGGGGUAUUUUAGUCACCUCAACUUUGUGCCUCAAUACCACGUUUUUGCAUAUUAGAAGAGCUCAGAAGUGUUGUGUACUCAUCCUUUAACACCUCAUAGCUGAGUGAAUAAAGGGUCCCUUCCUUUUUUAAUAUUUUAAAUUGCUUUGGUUUUAAAUGCAAUUGUUAUGAAGCGAUAACAGGCUCAAGUAUAACAGGGUGAAACAGAAAAAUGAUUGCGCAUAGUACACGCAUACAGUAGUAAUAAUUCAAGCAAAAAUCAACUACAUGUAACGUCGUUCCGAUUUCCAAUCGCUUAAAAAUAUGCAUGACAAAAAAAACAUAAAAAAAAUAAAACAUUUCCAUAAUUCAGAUGUUCCGUUACAUAUUUGUUUGCAGAUUUGUGGACAGAAUUCAGAUUUUGAGCACACCGCUAUUUGCAUGUUACUUCUAAACAACAUGUUUUGUCACAUACAAAAUGAGGCUUAUGUACGAACUACACUCAAGGGCUGAUGACUGCGUUUCAUUAUUACCGAGAGUGUUUCAAACAUGUCAAAGCGGUGAACUAUUGUUUACAAGAUUACACGCAGAAGCAUAGUCUCAGUACUUCAUGGUGAACAUGCAUCUCGACUUUGUUUUGGCUCUGUGGUGGCAAUGAUAGUUGUGUAGUGGUUUCAAUUUCAGUCAGACAGGAACAUGGGGUGGGGGGUUGGGGGGUGUUUAGGACGGUCACUGACGUGACCUCGCUUGGGAUGAGUUACUCCGGUCCGACAGUCUGUAUUUGGUAGCUUCCAGCACAGUAGAAGUGUUUCAUACAGCUCUCAUAGUGGUCUUAGUGCAUUAGUUUGGUCAAGCAUCUCCUGGUACUAGUGUUCAAUUUAUUGUUGAUAAACGAGGGGUUUGCCACAUCAUAGACGAGGCGAGCCGAUACUCCACGAGUCGUUUUAAUUUCAUAAUUCAGUAUAGUGUCUACAUGGGGCACGCAAACUGCAGGUUUUUCCUUAGAACAUGUUCUCUGUGACUUUCAUUUUUGAUAUUCGAUCAAUGUAUCUAUGCCAUACUAGUUUUGAUUUUUGGGUUAUUUUCGAGAAAUUGUAUUGUAAAUGUUUCUAAUAAAACAAACUGAAUAAU